GCGGCAGCGAUCUGGGGGGGGAUCGGUGCAUCUACGGCAGACCCGUUGCAGAACAUAGAUACUCAACACAACAACUCAUACAUCUGUCGCAAUAAUGGGGAAAAGUUCAAAACUUACGGCCUCGAGCAAGGCCAUUGACCCCACCCUCGAUGCCCUCUUCGCAUCCAGUUCAGGACCUGUGAAGGCCCCGGAAAAGUCAAGGUACUCCGAAGCGCCUCCACCGAAGGCGAAGGCCGCUCCGGAGGCUUCCGACGACGAUGAGGAACUACCUGACGCCGACGACGAGGAGUUGUCUGAGCUUGGUAGCGAUGAAGAGAUUGACCUCGAGGAUAUCGCCGAGUCAGAGGAGGAGGAAGUUUCAGAAGCAGCUGUUAAGCCAAAGAAGGAGCGUAAGCGCAAGAGAGUAGAGGACGACAUCGAGGGCAAAUACCUGAGCAAGCUCGCCGAAGCAGAGGAGAAGGAGAUCCAUGCUGAGAAGCGCAGCAAGAAAGAGACCGAGGAUGCGGAAGAGGCAGAGGAGGCAGCCUCAGAAACAUCAUCCGAGGGCGAGAGCGCAGGUGAAGACGACAACGAGGAGGAGGAGGAAGAGGAAGAGGAAGAAGAGGAGUCUGACGAUGAUGCCGUCCCCGUCCACGAAUCCGUCGCGGCCGAGAGCAAGGCCAAGACAAAGGACACUGAGCUGGAAAAGGCAAACCGCACAGUCUUCCUCUCCAACGUCGCCUCCGAAGCCGUCGACAACAAGGCAGCCAAGCGCACCCUCGAAGGACACCUCACCAGCGUCCUCGACAAGGACGCCAAGCCCCCGCAAAAGAUCGAGUCCAUCCGCUUCCGCUCCAUCGCCUUCUCCGGCGGCGGCCUCCCCAAGCGCGCAGCCUACAUCACAAAGUCCCUCAUGAACGAGACGACCAAGUCCGCAAACGCCUACGUCGUCUUCUCCACGCCCGCCGCCGCGCGCAAGGUCUGCGCCGAGCUCAACGGCACCAUCGUCCUCGACCGCCACCUGCGCGUCGACAGCGUCGCUCACCCCGCGCCGACGGACCACCGCCGCUGCGUCUUCGUCGGCAACCUCGGCUUCAUCGACGACGAGACCAUCCUCGCCACCAACGAGGAGGGCGAGACGGUGCAGAAGAAGCGCACCAAAGUGCCGGCCGACAUUGAGGAGGGUCUCUGGAGGACGUUUGGCAAGCACGCUGGCAAGGUCGAGAACGUGCGCGUCGUUCGCGAUCCCAAGACAAGAGUGGGCAAGGGCUUCGCCUACGUCCAGUUCUACGACGGCAACCACGUAGAAUCAGCCCUUCUCCUAGACGGCAAGAAAUACCCCCCCAUGCUCCCCCGCAUCAUGCGCGUAACCCGCGCAAAGGCCCCCCACAAGACCGCUCUCGCCAUGGAGCGCACCAACAAGGCCAGAGCCGCCCAAGCAGACGCCUCCCGCGGCGCCUCCUCCGGCAGCACAAAGUACAAGGCCAAGAUCACCCCCGAGCAGCAGUCUCUCGCCGGCCGCUCCAGCCGUCUCCUGGGCCGUCAAGGAGCCCGCCGCGAGCAGCGCAGAGGCCGAGAAUUCGAGGAUAGGAAGCCGCGUGCUCCGGGCAACGGCUCUGGCGCCAUCCCCAAGGACGAGUUGAAGAAGCCCGAGGACUUCAUUUUCGAGGGCCGUCGCGCCAGUGCCAAGGACGGCAGGCCAAAGGAUCUCAAGUUCAACAAGCGGAGUAAGCCCUUGAACAAGGGCGGCGUCAAGAAGAGCAAGCCCACGGGCCGUGGUGCCAAGAGAGCUGCGGAGUGGAAGAAGAAGCAAAAAUGAGUCUGAAAAUGCUGGAGAUGGGGUGAUCUGCUUGUAUUGAGGUAGAUGCAUGGAAUACCAAAAGUAGACGGAUAGAGGCGUCGGGAAAAGGCGUCCAAAAUAAUGAGCAUUGUACAAAGCACGUUUUUCUCGGAACGCAGGGUGUUGCCCCUCUCCCCGUCAAUGGUCGCAUUACCAUGGGUGCAAACAUUCGUGACACACUCUACAGUCAUAGCAUCAAUUCACAUCAUGCA